GUAGGAUCCCAAUGCUAUAUGCUACUCGACUACAUACUGCUGAGUACAUCAGUACUCAGAUAGCCCAAGUCGGACCACACUGCUUGCACAGUAGAAGAUGAUAGGCGAUGAACUGGAUUCCGAUGUGGUUGUACGCUACUUCAGAGGCAAGAGCAUCCUGAUCACUGGAUCAACCGGUUUCCUGGGGAAAGUGCUCGUGGAGAAGAUACUGAGGGUUCAGCCGGACGUGAAGAAGCUCUUCCUCCUCGUUCGAGCCGCCGAUGACGAGUCUGCCAAGCAGAGGGUCGAGACCGAGGUGACAGGAAAGGAGAUCUUUCAGGUUCUGAAAGAAAAGCACGGUAACGGGUUCGAAGGUUUCGUCCAAGAAAAAAUCUGCCCUCUGCCAGGAGACGUCAUGCACGAGAACUUGGGCCUAGGCGCUGCCAAACUGAGACAAGUGUGCAAGGAAAUAGACAUCGUUGUAAACGGAGCUGCAACUACGAAUUUCUACGAAAGAUACGAUGUGGCUUUCGACACAAAUGUCAUGGGAGCCAAGCACAUAUGCGAGUUCGCGAAGAGGUGCAGCAAACUCAAGAUGCUGCUGCAUGUUUCAACAGCUUAUGUAGCUGGUGAACAGGAAGGGGUGGUGCUGGAGAAGCCAUUCCGUUUGGGCGAAACCCUGAGGGAAGGCACGCACCUGGACAUCGAGUCCGAACUAAACCUGAUAAAAGAGACGAGGAGAGAACUGAAGGCCAGCCGUUGUUCAGAAAAGGCUGAGAGGAGAAGCAUGAAGGAGCUUGGCCUCAAGAGGGCAAGGGAGUUCGGGUGGCCCAACACCUAUGUGUUCACCAAGGCAAUGGGGGAGAUGCUGCUGGGCGCCCACCUCCGGGGAGACGUGCCGGUCGUCAUCGUCCGGCCUAGUAUCAUAACCAGCAUCCUCAAGGAGCCAUUGCCUGGAUGGAUGGAAGGGAUCAGGACGAUUGACUCGUUCAUCAUCGGCUACGCCAAGCAGGCUCUGUCCAUCUUCUUAGUUGACCUCGACCUGAUAAUGGACGUGAUUCCCGGGGACAUGGUGGUGAACGCCAUGAUGGUGGCCAUGGCGGCGCACUCGGAGGAGCGGGGGCAGCAGACUAGCAUCUACCACCUGACGUCGUCGGUGCGGCACCCGGCGCCCUACGCCGUCCUCGCGGAGUGCGGCCGCCGCUACUUCCUCCACAACCCACUCAGGUCCGGGGGCAAGAACAGCGAGCCCGUGCGGCCUAGCAGGAUGCGCUUCUUCCGCACCCUCCCCGGGUUCCGCGCCUACAUGGCCAUCAAGUUCAGGCUUCCCCUUGAGAUCCUUCGCCUGCUCAACAUUGUCCUGUGCGGUGCUCUCUCCCGGCGCCACGACGAGCUCAGCCGCAAGUACAGAUACGUCAUGCAUAUCGCAGAGCUGUACGCGCCUUACUCCUUGUUCAAAGGAUGCUUCGAUGACUCCAACACGGAGAGGCUGAGGGCGGCGAUGGCGAACAGGAGCAGCGGAUAUGACUUCGGUUUCGAUCCCUUGUGCGUAGACUGGGACGACUAUUUCUACAGGGUUCACAUCCCCGGUGUUGUCAAGUACCUGUGUGGUUACUAGGUUAAUACAUAUUUAAGAUCCGGAGAGAGCCAAAUGUAUCUCGCAUGUUUUAAUACACAAAUAUGUCGCUGUAGUUUGCAGAUUAUUAAUUUCCCUAGCAUUCUUGUUCAGUGGUACAGGUUUCUAAGAAUGGUACUUGUUUUCCUUUAAUCUUCUGCCACUGAAAGGUGUCUUACUCUUUACAU